AUGAGACAGCCCAGUACGCCAGCGAUAGCCUCAAGCAGCCAGGCUUCGCAGGAGCUUCCACGCAACCCUCGCCAUGAGGAAGCAAGGUUGAUUGUGAAUAGAAAUCCAGAGCCGUCGGGUUAUUCUCGGGACGAGACUAUCGCUGUCAUAACGGAGUACUAUGACUUCCUGGUGGACAGAGGCCUCCUCCCCGCUUCGGCUAUCCUGCGCCCGCCCGCGGACGGGUGGCCUGAACUGCCCGAAGAUUCUCUCUCAAGACUGGGCAGAACACCGGCUGUGAACGACCUUAUCCGCCAUCUGCCAUUUGUGAAAUAUAGAAAUAUCGGGGGUUUCGAAAUUUACUGGUUGACAACUGCCGUUGAUUACAGGACAGUCGCUGGAGUUAACGGAGAGGAUAUCCACAAUCUUCAGGAGAGUUUCGGUAUAAAUCUCGCGCCUUCUGUCAUGGUAUAUGCAAUGCCGGCCGCAGAGUACGGGUGUUGGAUAUACUUUGAUGUGGAAAACAACACGAUGAUACUGCUUGAUCUCAACUAUGGACUCAGCCCUGUGAGCCUAGGUGAGGUACCGAAUCAUCGAGAGGAUUGGCCUGAGGAGGAGGGCUGUUGCUUGAUGGAGAUAUAUACAUUGCGAGAUUUCUUCGAGCGGAUGAAGGGAAUCUUUCGGCGGAAUGAACUUAAAAUCAACUGCGGCGGUAUAUACGAUGAUGAAGUCGAAUGCAUGAUUUUUGAUGCGUCUAAUGCAUAA